UUCUGUGUGGCUAUAUGGGGUCAGCGAGCAGAUAACGAAACGGAGGCUGCGGCUGCGCCCGGCGAUUCCCCCCUCCCCUUCCCCUACUCCUCCUAGGCGCGCGCGCGCGUAGCCCCCACCAAAUCGGCCAACGCUCCCAUUCCAUUCGCCAAGGGCUGCUCGUCUCGCCGAGGAGAGCAGAGCAGUACGAGAGAGAAUUUGGUUGGUGGACACGCACAGUACAGAUGGCGUCGCCCUCCUCGUCGCUCUGCUCCAACCUCGGCUACCCGCGCGCCGCCUCCCUCGGCGGCCGCCGCCGCGUCGGCUUCUCCUCGUCCAGGAAGCUAUUCCAAGUGAAGGCAUCAAGGGUCGACAGUUUCUCCAAGAGUGACAUCAUUGUGUCCCCUUCCAUUCUCUCUGCAAACUUCGCCAAGCUUGGUGAACAGGUAAAAGCUGUGGAGGUGGCAGGAUGUGACUGGAUUCAUGUUGAUGUCAUGGACGGCCGCUUUGUGCCAAAUAUCACGAUUGGACCAUUGAUUGUUGAUGCUCUGCGUCCAGUGACUGAUCUUCCACUGGAUGUGCAUCUGAUGAUUGUGGAACCUGAGCAGCGAAUUCCAGAUUUUAUCAAGGCAGGUGCUGAUAUUGUUAGCGUCCACUGUGAGCAAACGGCAACCAUCCAUCUGCACCGAACAGUUGAUCAGAUUAAAAGUCUAGGAGCAAAAGCUGGAGUUGUUUUGAACCCUGGGACCCCACUCAGUGCGAUAGAAUAUGUACUUGAAUCUGUUGAUCUGGUAUUGAUUAUGUCAGUCAAUCCUGGUUUUGGUGGGCAGAGUUUUAUUGAGAGUCAAGUAAAGAAAAUUGCCGAUUUGAGAAAAUUAUGCGAAGAGAAGGGAGUGAACCCCUGGAUCGAGGUUGAUGGCGGAGUCAGUCCCAAAAACGCCUACAAGGUCAUUGAAGCUGGAGCGAAUGCCCUUGUUGCUGGUUCUGCGGUCUUCGGAGCUAAAGACUACGCUGAAGCUAUCAAAGGAAUCAAGACCAGCAAAAGACCUGUAGCCGUAGCAGCAUGAAGAACCGGAGUAUGAGCAUGUUACGCUGUGUAACAUUUUUUUUACCAUUAUCGUGGUUUGCAAUGCAUAGGUGCCUUUCACUGUCAAGCCAUACGUUGUAUCACAGAGAUCACCACCAUCAGAUAGGGAAAAAGAGGCAGCAAAGAAAGAUAUUUUUCCUUUUCCGGUUGUCUGCGACUGCGAGGAUGCGUAUAUCUUGUACUAUGUCCACUCCAUAACAAGGGCAACGAACGACGUGUCCUGUGCGAUAACAUUACCGCGAGCUCAGGAUUGUUCAUAAUUAAGUAGCCCCUCCUCUCAUCUUUCAUCUUUGUACCAUCAGUCCAGUGGUCCAUGGUAAUUGACUGAAGAAAACCUUGCUGAUACUACAAAGCAAAGCAGGCAUCCAUUUGAUCUGUGUUCAAAUAAUAAUGCUCACAUGUAUGCACGGCCAGCGAAAA